AUGGAGAAGGAACAAAUUCUGGCAGUGGACGCAAUGAUGAGGGAGAUUAUGAACAUAGGAUGGACGUCCAGCCAAGUGAUCAGACACCUGUCUCAGAGCGGCACCAUCACACUGGAGGAAAGAAAGGAGUUACUGCUAUUGGACAAAAGACCUCUGCGAACAAAGAAAAUUUUGACAAUAAUGAAGAAAAAGAAUGGUGGAUUCCUCGCACUGAAGAAAGCACUGAUGAUUGAAAAAGUUCACAAUAAACACUUAGUGGAGAAACUAGAGGCAAGAUACCAGAAGUUUCUCCACAAUCCUGUGUCUGCAAAUCAGAAACCCAAGCUGAAAGAAAAACUCUCACCCACUGAAGUCAUGCACAUCUUCAAUAGGUUAACUUCCCUGGUCUGGGGCAAAAACUCAAAGGAGAUCAAUGACACAAACUUUGUUGAAUUUGAUAAAGUUCUGGACGAACUUGAAAGUAAUAGAGACUUGUUGUACAACGAUGACAGAAGAGAUGAAUUUAGGUCAUUGUUCACACUUAUCAUGCAAGUCAAAGAGGAAAAUCGUCUCCAUUCUGAAAAUGAAAAAGUGAUGAAAGAUGAGGCCAAAAAACUAAAAAGAAAGCUAAAGGAUGCUGAAGCCAAAAACGCUGACUUAGAGAUGGAAAUAACUGACUUACAUCUGAGCCGUGAGGAUGAAGUUAAUCGUCGAAUUGAGGAAGUCAGAAGAAGACUUCUUAAAAGUGGUCUAGAUGAUCCUGAUGAAGAAUUCUUCAAUGGAAGAAAACAGGAAGUUGAAGAAGAUGCAGUUGCUGUUCUGGAUGACAAGAAAAGUGAUGAAGAAGACAAUUUUGAUGAAAACUUUACCCCUGAAAUCACAGAAAACAGCCAUUUACUACAAAAUAGACGUCAAUCUUUUGAAUCCACAUCUUCUAGUAUAUUCAUCAACAACCAUCAUCCAAAGUCCUCUCAAAAUGUUAUUCUGAUUCAAAACCCCAGAAAUGUUAACAUCUUCUCCUAG